GCUUCUAAUAUUCUGCUCCCUUCUUCACCCCGAGAAGAAGGCACCAAAAACCAUCAGACCUGCUGCCCCCGCCACCCGCUGCCGCUGCCGCUGCCUCUGCCUCUGCCUUUCUUCCUUCCCUCCCUCUUUGCACGCACAACAAAAGGAAAUAUUCCAAGAGAGAAGAAGGAUAGCAAGAGCCCGAGGGAGAGGGGCAUCGCUUUCUUUCGUCGAAAGCGAGAGAGAAGCCCCUCCGACACCGCUCUCUGCAUUCCAUGCAUGCCAUUUGUUUACUCAUCAUCGCAUCGCCCCAUUUCCGUUCCAUUGUUCGCCUUGUUAUGCGUGCCGAUGUUUACACGAAUCAGAUAGUGCUUGACAGCUACACUGCCAAAAAGACGGUGAGAGAAAAAGGUCUCGUUGGCUUCUCUCGCCUCUCUCUUGACUGUUGAGUCGCAAAACCCCGCUACCUUCGCUUCUCUCCGGGGAGCCUCCUGAGGUUUAGGUGGACACCAGGCAUGAGUUUGGCCAUCGUGGAUAAGAAGCCGCAGCAGCACAGGCGGCCUGGUGGGUUCGUCGCCAUCUUCUUCCGGCUCCUGAACUGGAACCGCCGGCUCGCCAAGAAGAAUCUCUCCUCCAGGAAACCACUCCCUCCAGUUCGAGCCGCGAAAGGGUCUGCGAAAAGGUUCGGCACCGAUGACAAGAUGCCAUUGGCGAAGUUGCUUUUGGUGGAUGACGAUAACGGGGGAUGUUUUCCGAGCAACAAGAAUCCUGAAACCGAGGUCGAGCUUGGAAAAUCGAUGCGAACUCCUGGGCUGGUGGCCAGGCUGAUGGGUCUCGAGUCCAUGCCUGUCGUCGCGCAAGAAAGGCCGAGAAAGGCUACAGAUUCCUGCUGCCUUAACAGCGAGUCGGGUAGUGGUCAGGUGCCACACCGGGUCGAUCAAGAUUUGUGCCUGGAAGAUGGUGGGAGUGCGAAGUUGGAGAUUAGGCCGCAGAAACUACAAAAGAUUGGAGGAUUCUUGGAAAGACAGCCGCUUGAUGGUGGCCGAGCAAAGCCAGGUGUGUUGGGCAAGAAGGUGCUUUCGGCCCCCUCGAAGAAUAAGUUUCACAAGAUGGCUUCACCUGUGAAGAGCCCAAGAUUACCAUCAGGGGGUCAUCAUCGUUCUCGGUUGAUCAAGGCUGCCACCAAGAUUCUUGAGCCUGGAUUGCAGUCUAAAAAUAGGGCCAAGCCUGCUAUAUCUUACAAGGAUUCUUCGCCGGUUGAUGCAGAAGGUACUGGUGUUGAUACCACCUUGAAGAACUCUAAUGAACCAUUCCGGGAUCCUGUGUCUGGCACGAGUUAUGGCAAUUUAGGUGGUGGGACAUUGAGAUCAAAACAACGUGAGGAAGAACCUCUGAGACAAAAGAUCGUUUCAUCUGCAUUUGGAAUGAGCCGUGCUUCUUGCUCUCGUACUGUUCUUGUGGAAAGUAGUUCAACAUCACUUGACAUGCAAGGUGAACAGAACAGGAACAGAAAGACAUCUAUGCAAAGCAACACGAAGGACUUAGCAGAGAGCCGCAACCGAGGUACAAACAAGAUUAAGCCAGAUGGAUCAGCAACUAUAUUUCGACGGAAUCAAUUUAGGCAGAAUCAGUCAGCUAUGACAAGAGAUAAAGUACCUUUUGGUUCCAAGGUUAGUUCUAGGAAGCAAGGGAGAAGAGAUGGCAAUGUGUCACAUGGCAUGAAAGGGUCUGUCUUUACGGACAGCAAUAUGGGCAGCUAUAGCUGUGUGAAAUCAGGCUACGAAAAAGAAGGUCGAAGAAGGGCAUUGUGUGAUAAUACCUUGGAGAACAACAUGUCACGCAAACGAACAAUCAAUAAUUUCACUGUCGAGAAUGUUGAUGUAUUCCAUUCAGUCUGUGCUAAGCUAAAUGUUGGUAGUCGUUUGAGUAACCAAAAGGGGAUAAGACGUACCAGUAACACAUCUCUGGACAAGAAACUUAUCAAAAGUGAGUCAAAGAAUUAUAAUGGUGAUGAUUUUGUUUUCAGGGCCAAUGACAUUGUUUCUUUCACAUUCAAUUCACCAAUGAAGCAUGUAUCUGGGUCAUCCACACACGUAAAAAUGCACGAGAACAACACCAAAAACGAACACAUUAGUAACGGUGGUUGGAAUGAUAUCAUAGCCUUGGAUGCACAUAGUAAAAAGUUGACAUAUGAUAGAAGUACUACUUUAAGCGGGAAUGAAUUAAGCAACCUGCUUGAAGAAAAAAUCAGGGAACUGACUUCCGUGGAUCGAAGUGAAUUAGUAGCUAGGGAUGCAUGGUCUGCUUCUUACAUUCUCGAAGAGCUGGGAGCUGCCUGUACACCUGAGCAAAACGAUCAUGAUCAUGCUGGUGCAUCUUUGAAGAAAGGCAUAGACUUGUCUGAUUUUUCUAUCCCACAGUCAAAGGAGGACAGAAAAUUUAGCCGUGUUGCUGCAGUUAUGGCCGUCGACAAUAAUCAACUUAGUCCAAUAUCUAUUCUUGAGGCUUCAUUUUCAAAUGAGAGUUGCUCUUUUGUAAGUCUCAAUGGCAACUCAGGUAGCAAAUUACAAUUUGGGUUGACAGAAAGUUGCAACACAACACGAUCAUCUGAUCUGGACACUGAUCUUUUAGAUUCAGCUUCUUCAGUUGACAUCAGGAGGUCUAUUAUAGCUAAGAUCAGGCGUUUGACUUACAUGAGUUUAAACGACUUUGCUGUUUGUAGCGAUGGAGUUGGGCUCUCAAAAACCAAACUUUGUGAAGUGAGGCAUGCCAUUUCGAGUGCAGUUUUGUUGUUUGAAACUUUCACCUUGGACAGGUCAGAUGGUUCUGUAGACAUGUCUCUAGAAUCAUUUCUUUUAGACAUGCUGCAAGCGAUUGUUGAUGCUCUACGUAUGGGCCCGAAAAGUGAUCCCGGUUACACAGGGAUUAAUCAAACAGAUCAGCUCAGAGAGCUACUAUUCGAUUGCAUGAUUGAGUGCCUGGAUUCCAAUUAUAGCUGUUUGUGCAAAUCUGGUUACAUGACAUAUACUAAACUAACUUUCCUUUUGACCCGAGAGAAGUUGAUGAGAGAAGUUCACCAGGAUAUAAGAGGGUGGAUGGAUUUGGCAGGGAAAUUUUUGGAUGAUAUGGUCAAGAAUGAAAUGAAAACCUCAGCUGGAAAGUGGGCGGAUUGUAUGAUGGAAGCAUUCGAGGCAGGCAUGGAGAUAGAGAGCAACAUACUUCAGACUUUGGUUGACGAAACUGUGAUAGAUUUCUGCUGAUGCCGAAAUGGUGACAAACUAAUGGGUGUUUAAUGAAAAGAAAACGAAGUUUGAUUAGUUGAUUGAUUUUACUAGAGUGCAUAUAUUGUCUUUCUUUUUAUUUUUCUCUGUAAUUAUGACGCUAAGAAGCAAGUGAUAUUUUGUACUAAUUGCAAAAAA